AUGGUUGUGAUCAUCAGAGAAGAAGCAGAGUCGGACCUGAUUGAGGGCAGGCAGGAAGACGCCGAAGAGUUCCUCGGAUUCCUACUGAACGGCCUCAACGACGAGAUGGUCGAAUUGAUGAGACCAGUUUUGGAUUCUGAGAAUACUUGCAGUGUUUCAAAAAGAAAAGUCUUCGAAAAGACGACAAUAUGCGGUAUUUUUGGCGACUAG